AUGGCUGCUUCAAAACCAUCCUUCCACCUAUCGGCCUCUAAUGGAUGGAUGAAUGACCCGUGUGGCCUGGGUUAUGAUCCCUUAACAGGACUAUACCACAUGUCCUUCCAAUGGAAUCCUUCCGACAAUGACUGGGGCAACAUUUCCUGGGGACACGCCACAUCCACAGACUUGGUAUCAUGGAGAGUCUCCUCUACGCCGGCAUUGACGCCGUCUACAGAGUACGAUCGUUGCGGAGUGUUCACAGGGUGUCUGCAAGCAACGGAUCCUGGGGGAAACCCGGGUGCCUUGACCGCCAUAUAUACAUCGGUUAAACAUCUGCCACUGCACUACACUCUACCGUAUACUUUCGGCUGCGAGUCUCUCAGCCUGGCCGUCUCGAAGAACGGUGGACGGACUUGGGAACGCCCAGACUGCAACCCGAUUCUCGAUGGUCCUCCAGAGCAUCUCUCUGUGACCGGCUGGAGGGAUCCUCAUCUAACGACAUGGCCAGCAGCUCAGCAGACCAACCCAGUGGGCCAGGGUCAAGACCAAGUCAAGAAACCUGCCAAUGGAAUCGUUGCCGGAGGCGUCGUCGGUCGAACGCCCGCAAUCUUUGUAUAUCAGGUGAACCCGAAAGAUCUACGACAAUGGACAUACACAGGCUUGCUGGUCGACAUUGGUUUAAACUUUCACCCGUCGCGCUGGUCCGGAGACUUUGGGGUCAAUUGGGAAGUGAGCAAUUUAGUCACUCUGACAAACGACGCCGGCGACUAUCGGGAGUUUGCGAUCAUGGGCGCUGAAGGAUGCUUGCGCGCCAACAAUUCUCUCUGGACCACGCAUGGUUCAGCACAACACAAACGACAACCUCGCUCCCAAUUAUGGAUGUGUAUCAAUCGGCGGGCAGAGAUUGGACACGACGAGGUGUUGGCGAAUUAUCAAUUUGGAGGCCACUUCGACCAUGGCUGUUUAUACGCCGCCAAUUCUUUCUGGGACCCUGUCACUUCUCGACGGGUGGUGUAUGGAUGGAUCACCGAGGAAGAUCUCCCGGAUGAAGCUCGGCAUCGUCAGGGCUGGAGUGGAGUCAUUUCGAUUCCUCGCGUGGUAGAGUUGAGAACGAUUCGUGGCGUGGUGAAGGCGCGCAGCUCAGAGUUGAGCUCCAUUUCGUCUGUUGAGCUUGUCCCUGACGAGAGACCUUCGGCUGGUCCAAGAACAUACACCAUACAUACAUUGGGAAUCAAACCAGAUCCAAGAAUGACGUUAAUUCGGAAGGAAGCCGCCAAAGUGUCCGACACGCUCGUUCAUCGAUUACCGACUGCUCUGGGUAACUCAUCUAGCGAGUCGCUUGCCUUAAAAAGCUCGCGAUGGGAAAUCAAAGCCGAGUUCAAGGUGAAUGCAUCCUGUGAUAGGGUCGGAAUUGAGAUUGGUCAUCUAUCAGAUCACACUCUCAAAACAACACUCUGUUGGGCCCCCUCAUCCGAAACAUUCACAAUCCACCGACCAACCCUCAAAGACCAGACCAUCAACCAUGGCUACGAAUCCGCUCCACACACUCUAUUCUCUUUCAAAAACAACAGCUACGACCGCAAUCGCAACCGCAACGAAAUAGACGAUCGAUCCAAGCACAACACACAAGAUUCAAAAACAGAUAUCUGCACCGAAAGCCAACACAAAGAGAAAGACACGGCCGAAGUCGAGGAGACACUUCAAAUUCACGCAUUUUACGAUUCCUCCGUGCUCGAAGUCUUUGUCAACGAUCGCACGGUGAUUUCUACGAGACUCUAUACGCAUCACUCGCACCUGUCUCUGUCUCAAUCCCAGCCUCAGCCUCAGCCUCAACCACAAACUGAUUCCCAGGCCUUCCCAUCGGAGCAGGAUCAUGGGUUGAGGUUCUUCGCUGAGUCCACGGUAGAGGACGAAUGUCCGCCCGCGGUGCUGCUUAAGGCAGAUAUCUGGGAUGGACUUGCUGAGACGAUACGGUUUUUAAUCUGA